CCAAACCUAAGGAAAUCAUACUCACAUGACUCCUUUUGAUACAUUGCCUUUACCAUCCAAAUCAGAUCACUUAUUAACAAACCCCAAACAUAUACAUAUAAAAUAGCCAGCUACAAAACAACUAAGCAAAAUAGAUUAAGUAUUAAGCCACCAUCACCACCACACCCCAAUAUAUAGGCCACAUCUUUCUACUCAUAAUACACUACUAGACAUGGCACUAAUUUGGCAACUCAAGCUUCUCUUCUCACCUCUCUUAAUAAUCUUAUUAGCAAACGUGGUUUCUUCACGCACUAGGCCCUUCACAGCUCCAACUGUGACACCCUUGACUAAUUCCUUCCCUCGUGUCCCAAUUGAUCCUAAUUUUUCUAAUGCUUUUGGGGCCUCCAAUAUCAAGCUUCUUGCUAAUGGGACCAUGGCCACUCUGGCUCUCGACAAACUCUCAGGCUCCGGAUUAGUGUCCAAAAGCAGUUACUACUAUGGAUUCUUCAGUGCUGCAAUCAAAUUACCAGCUGGUAUAUCAUCUGGAGUUGUAGUUGCCUUCUAUUUGUCUAAUGCAGAUAAAUUCCCUCAUAACCAUGAUGAGAUUGAUAUCGAACUUCUUGGGCAUGACAAGAGGAACGAUUGGGUUAUCCAAACAAAUGUGUAUGCUAAUGGAAGCGUGAGCACUGGAAGAGAAGAAAAGUUCUACUUCUGGUUCGACCCGACAAAGCAGUACCAUUACUAUAGCAUCUUGUGGAACAGUUAUCAUACAGUGUUCCUAGUGGACAACAUUCCAGUGAGGGAAUUCAUACACGGGUCUGUUUUCCCAUCAAAACCGAUGUCGGUGUAUGCAACAAUAUGGGAUGGUUCAGAAUGGGCCACACAUGGUGGAAAAUACCCUGUUGAUUACAAGUAUGCACCAUUUGUUGUUUCAUUCUCAGAGAUGCAACUCGCUGGCUGCACUUCUGAUCCAUUAGCAUGCUCUAAAUCCACCCCUUCUUCUGGUGUAGACCCUGUUAAUGGACCUCAAUUUACCAAGCUAUCCCCACAACAGAUGGCAGCACUUGAUUGGGCUAGAAAGAAGCUCAUGUUUUACUCCUAUUGUACUGACAAGAACAGAUAUAAAGUCAUGCCACCAGAAUGCCACUAAAAACAUAAAUAAAUAUUUUUAACUAUUCUUUUUUCUCAUACUUAUACUUUUCCAUUUUUUUUAAUUAUUUUUCUUCACCUGAGUGGGGAAUGGGGAAUAAUAGUAAUGUUGUGGUUUCAAUAGAACAUUCAAUAUGGUCAAGUCAAUGUAUAAUGCAUGUAAUUUUAUGUAUGUAUCUACAAUAACAAUACUUCAUAUAUUUAUACACUCGCAUUCAAGUUUCUUCA